UUUGUUUAUCACAUUAACAUUUUCUCGCUGUGACAAAUUCUAAAAUAAUAAUUUAAAAACACUAAACUGCGUGUAAUAGUCUGUGAGCAUGACUUUUCAAAGAUUGGUGGCGUUGGUCUUCCUGUCUUUGAUCCAAACAGAUCCCUUCGCCUUGGGCUACUCCACCUGCGGCACCACUGGCAACUACACCAGCGACACCGCAUACCGCGCUAACAUCAACGCCACUCUCUCUUCUCUCUAUACAAACAUCGACAUCAAUGGCUUCUACAACGCCUCAGCCGGGCAGGGACCCGACCGAGUCAACGGCCUCGCGCUGUGCAGAGCCGACGUUCAACUCGACACGUGCCGCCAUUGCGUGCAAAGAGGGCGCGCCGAACUCGGGGAUGAGUGCCCGGUUCAGAAGGAGGCCAUCUUCAGGGAUGAAUUCUGCACCUUGCGGUACUCGAACGAAACCAUCUACGGGACCCGGGUGACCUACCCGGGAUACUACUACAGUAAUCAACCAAACGCAACGAGCCCGGAGGUGUUUAAUAAGGUUCUGAGGGCGUUUCUCGAUGAUCUUCGGAUACGAGCUGCUGCCGGCUCAUCUACCAGGAAAGUGGCGGGUGGGAAUGUGACCGGACCCGAUUUUCAAAUGAUUUUCGGGUUAGUUCAGUGCUUCCCGGAUUUGUCAUCGGAGGAGUGUAAUAUCUGUUUGAUUCGUGCCAUUUUUGAUAUACCGCAAUGUUGUAGCGAAAAAAUAGGGGGUAGAGUCUUCCUGCCAAGCUGCAAUCUUCUUUUCGAGAUUUAUCAGUUUUACAAUGAGACUAGGAUGAAGGAACUAGAGUUUGUUCCCUUGUCUCCGCAUUCAUCGCCGACAGGAAAGAAAAACGGUAGCAUGACUCAAACUAUUGUCAUAAUUGUGGUUGUAACUGUUGUGCUCUUGAUAGUAGUUGUAUCAGCUAUCAUAUUUUUAAAAAAGAGAGAGAAACAUAAACCAAUGCAAAUUGCUCAAUAUGUUGACGACAUCAGCACAGCCGAGUGUCUGCAGUAUCCUUUCAGCACAAUCAAAGAUGCAACAAAUGAUUUCUCUAAUCAUAAUAAGUUGGGCCAAGGUGGAUUUGGGAGUGUUUACAAGGGGAAACUUCCAAAUGGUCAAGAAAUUGCCGUGAAAAGAUUAUCUAGGAAUUCCAGGCAGGGCAAUAUGGAAUUCAAGAAUGAGGUUCUCUUACUUGCUAAGCUUCAACACAAGAAUCUGGUUAGGCUAUUAGGUUUCUCCUUAGAAGGAAUGGAGAAGCUGCUAAUAUAUGAAUUUGUUCAAAAUGCAAGCUUGGAUAACUUCAUAUUUGACCCAGUCUGGCAUUCAUAUAUGGAUUGGGAUAGACGCAACAAGAUCAUAGGAGGAAUUGCGAGGGGAAUCCUCUACUUGCACGAAGAUUCUCGUCACAAGAUCAUUCACCGUGAUUUAAAAGCCAGUAACAUACUUCUAGACAGCGAGAUGAGUCCCAAGAUUGCUGAUUUUGGUAUGGCAAGAUUGUUCAGACAAGAUGAAACGCACGGAAAUACAAGCAAAGUUGUGGGAACAUACGGUUAUAUGCCACCAGAGUAUCUAAUACACGGACAGUUCUCAAUCAAGUCCGACGUCUACAGCUUUGGUGUAUUAGUCCUUGAAAUCAUCACCGGACGCAGAAAUAAUGGUUUUCGAAGCGAGGGUGAUAACGUAGGAGACCUCAUGAGCUUCGCAUGGAAAAGUUGGCAAGAAGGAAGAGUUGAGAAAGUGGUGGAUCCAAUUUUGAGAGGUUCGGGUUCAGGUUUGACAAAUGAGAUGCUGAGAUGCAUUCAUAUUGGUUUGCUGUGUGUUCAAGAAAAUGCAGCGGAUCGGCCAACCAUGGCUUCUGUGGUACUUAUGCUGAGUAGCUUCUCCAUGACCCUGAAUAUACCUUCAGCGCCUGCAUUUUAUUCAACCGCGCUGAUUCCUCCGUAAAAAAAAAAUUCUAUACUACAAUUUUCUUCUCUAUUUAAAUUCUUUUUUUGCGCUAUUUAAUAUUUUAGGUUACAUAUAUAUUUGUUUUAAUAUACUAUUAUGAAAUACUAGGAUGCACAAAUUAACCUAUCCAAAUUUUACAAUCA